AGUGUGCUUCCCGGUUGUACUGGAAACAUUGAAAACUGGUUGUAGUCUUCGUACUACGGACAUUAUGAACAGUCGUUUUAUAUUUGAACUCGGCGUUAACUUUUAAAUUUUCCGAAUUUCGUUUUUUUCGUGCUGCACCCAGUAGUAUAACUCACGUCUUCUCUAUGUUUAAGUUACAAUACCUAAGGAUGAGAUCUCGGUACAUGCUCUUCUGCUUCAUGACCGUGUUUUUGUUUAGCGUUUUGUUCAUAAUGUUCCAAAAUAGUCUGAGCAGACCGGCCAUCGAGACAUUGGUCACCGAGACUCACAAACAGAUCAACAACUUCAAAAAUUUUAAAGUAAAAGAAAACCUCGAGACGGAUAGGAACAGGGAUGACACCCGACACGGGUCCUUCCCCGUCCGUUCUCUCGCACAGAUAUAGACGGACAACGUGCUUAUUUUUUUAAAACGGAUUUCAGGACAAUCUGAAGGUAGCCGAGCAAAAGGAACUAGUUGUGGACUCGGACUAUUUAUUUACUCUGGGAUUCGUACCGAAUCCCGCCGUCUAUCCAAACACAUCGUGGAAAAAUACUACCCUUCCAGUAGUGGUCACUUAUGUGCUGGACGACGAACACAGUCAAGCCAUCGGUCUAGUGACGUGCGCUACCAAGUACUUACACGACCAUUCAAUACUCGUGUACAAUUUGGGCAUAUCUGACUAUCAGCUUGUGUUGGUGAGUACAAACAUACUUGGUCAAAGAGUCAGUUUUGUAACCUUUGUAAUAUCUUUAAAUGUAAAUUGUUUUUGAUAUAUUUAUGACAGAUGCAUUCUUUUUGCAACAACAACACCCGUUGUACAAUUGUUGACUUUGAUCUGUCAAAAUUUCCGUCCCAUGUUAGGCGUUCACAUAUUAAAGCAUACAGACCACUUGUCUUGCAGGUAUGCAAUCAGUCUAUUUUGUUUACCUAUUUCAUAACUUAUUUAUAAAUUGUUGUCAUAGGACGCGUUGAACCGUGCUGGUGCUGUGAUGUUCCUAGAUCCAAAUGUACGGAUAAUAUCGCCAAAAGUUUCCAAACUAUUUACGAUCUAUGCCAACAAGUCAAUAGUUGGCUGGGAGACCAGAAUAGCAACCACGACACUCACACAUCCAAAAAUGUUUGAUUAUUUUCGUACACCCGCUGAUAAUUUUUUCUUUUUACCAUUGGUCUUGGUCGAUAAGCUAAUAGUGUACAAUACCCUGGACAUGCAUCAAGAUAUCAUGUUGCCAUGGAUUCAAUGCGCUCUCAUCAGUGAAUGUAUAUCUCCAAUAGGUAUGUUCACUUGUACACAGGGUUGAGACUUCCGGUUCUUUAAGUUAGAUUUAUUGAAUUUGAUUUAUUAUUUAUUCGUUUAGGUGCUCAAACCAAAGGCUGUAGGUAUGACAAGAAACCGCAGUACAGGUAUUCAAGUUGUCAUGGAUAUGAUGUUUCUGCGUUUAACAUUGUGUUGGGCAUACAUUACCAAUUUGAUAGUACGCCGUAUGCGAUUAAAGAGAAUGCCGAUGAUUUUUUCAUAAAAGUUUCUACUAGCGAGGCGCAAAGAGUUUUACAAAACCUUAUUUUAAAUAUAACAGAUACGCCAGCAGUAACAUAAUACAAUUGCCAAUGUGUAAAGUAUAAAUUAUAUGAUCUUAAUCCAUGUUUCAAAAUGAGUGAGUAUGAGUGGCGAACUGCCACUAAAUCGGUCCCUAAAGAUACAAACAUCUAGCGGUACAAUUUUUUGUUGUGGGUUGCCCUAGUCUUAUACAUUUUUUUUAGAUUCUGCAGAGCAUAUCAAGGAUUGUAUUAAUUUUAUGUGUGCUUCAUUUCUGUUAUGUUUUGCUGCCUGUUAACAAUUUUUCUACCAGAACCCUUGUUCCGAUUUUUAAGUGAAGAAUCUUUUUUUUAACCGAAUUACAAUAAAAAAUAACCUCAUUACACCUACUAAAUCCAAAAUUCCACAUAAAAGUUCUCUUAUCAUUUUUUGUUUGGAAUAAGAUUUCAGGUUAAAAUAGGUACCAAAAUAUAAAUACUUUCAAAAUUUAUAAAAUAUUCUGUCAACUGUUUACAAAUUUAGAUACUUAAUUUAUUCUAUUUCUACAUGUAUGCACAUUAUAAUUCUGUGUUAUUAAAUUCUUUUAAAAUUUUAAGUGGAAUUAUAGUUAAUUGUUUAAAAAAAUUUUAAAGCUAGAAACUUGAAACGCUCUCAGAACGUGUUUUCCUAAUUUUUUUCUACUACUAAAAUAUAAAAUUAUCACCAUAGAUUGAUUGAUUAAUAUACAUGUAUUUUGCAUAGCUACUGACCCAGGCAGCCCACCCAAGAAUAUAACUAACAAAUAUUUCGGAAGGGAGAGAUUGUAAACCAACAAUUUGUGGUGUUCUAAUUUUAUUGACUAAAAUCAUUAUUUUUCCACAACAUAAAAAAACACGAACAAUUUUUUUUUUUUUUUGGGAGGGGGGAGAGAAUUAAAAGCUCCUUUCAGGAACACCUGUGGACAGUCUGACACUGAUGAACACUGACCAAAAAUAUUGUGUUACAUAAUUUUUAAGUUUUUGAUUGAAAAGAGGGCGACCAAUAAUCACUGAUCAAAGUGUUUGAAUAUGAUAAUGCAAUACAGUAGAAGCCGCUUAUUAGGAAGACAGAUAAUUGAUACAGUCGCGUUAUUGAAACAAAAUAUAUAGGAACGUACCAGUCUUAUAUUAAAAUCAAUCAAUUAUUAGAAACAAUCUGUUAAUUGACACAUUUUACCUCGCUUUCAAAGUGUUCCUAAUAAAUGGCUUCUACUGUAUAUACAAUAUAGUAUAUCAGUUAUGUAUUCUAUAUUAACACAUUUUGAAUUUAAUUUAUAAAAACCAUUACAUUUACUCAUCAAUGUAUUGAAUGCAUUUACACAUUAGGUAGCUAUAAUUGAAAAACUAAUUGACACAAUUAUGAAUCAGUAAUAUUUGGUAUGGAACCGAACAAAACAUAUGUUUCUUUAUUAAUUUAUUUUAUUCAUCUCCAAAAUAAUUGUACAAUAUUAGGGUUGUCAUAUUUUGAACGGUUAACAAUUUCACUGUUGUUUUAGUGUGCUAGAAUUUAAAACAUUUUAUUAGUUAUAACAUCAUUUACUAGGUACUGUAAUUUAAUAAUAAUGAAUGUUCUUUUCUAUAUAAAUAAAAAAUUACAUUAUUUUAUAAAUAACCUUGGUACACUAGUGAAUAGAUAACAGAUAAAAAGUAUUUGUGAAAUAUAAAAAUUAAUUUUGGGACUCUGGACCCUGAACAGUUUUGUUUUAAUUAAAAACGUACAUUAAAUUUCCUUUCUACUUUUCAACUUUUACCUACUACAGUGGCCACCUAUUAUGUUUGUUUUAAUUUUACUUUUAAAUAAGUAAUUUUUUAUAAUAUUCUAUAUGUAUAAUACUUGUUGAUCCUUUCAAAUGCAAUUUAAAAUAAAUUAAAUUAUCACUAAUAGUGUAUUUUUGUUUAAAAUUGACAACCUUAAUUCAUAUUUUAAUGUGAAAUUGAUUAUGUAUGUUGUUAACCUGAUUUCUUGUAAUCACUAAAAUGUAAUAUCUGUGUGUAUAGUCUAUGACAGUGGUUUUCAACCUUUUUGGGUCCAUGGCUAUUCUGAUUUCGAAAACCAAAUUAGCGGCUCUCUUAUGAAUAAUAAUAAUAUAAUAAUAUGAAAACAAAUUUACUCUUUUAUCAUAUUAUAUUUACUACAGAACUUCCUUAAUAAUAAACCACAAUGCACAGGUUGAAAACCACUGGUCUAUGGUAUAAAGUUCCUUCAGUCAUUUAUUAUGUUACUUUCAUGAUCUUAUAUUUUUACCCAAGGGCAUAUUUAUUGUUUAGUCAUUUUUAAACUGUUAAAUAAUUUUUAAUUUAUUUAAAAAAAUGUAUAUUUGCUAAUCAUUUUAUUUUGUUACAAACACAAAAUAUAUGAAGACAUCACAAUUUAUGUUUAUUAAAUUCAAAUGUAUUUUGUGUGGUACACCUUGCUUCUUCAUUGACCAUUGUUAAAGUUUCUCACUAAUCAAGGUGAUGUGAUAAUGUAAGCAGCUUGAUUAUAAAUAACAUACAUUACAUUUUUUUUUUAAUUGUGAAAUUGAAUAUAUAUAUAUAUAUAUGUAUUGUAAAUAUUGAAUUAUCAACUAUUAUAUUGAAAUAAAUAUAAG